GGUAGCUCAAUAACAUGGACAACGGGUUGAACCAAGACCGAUUUUACUAUAUUUACAGUUCUGAUCUAGACGCAAACCUCGAAAUAAAAAUUUGUACAUUAGAAGGUAAACGAGAAUGUAAAGGAUACAAAGAACUGCUUGAUGAUCCACAAUUAAGAUAUUCUGGGUUAUAUCAAAGUUCCUGUUCAGAUUUAUAUGUGACAUGCAGAAUAUAUGCGGAUGGACAACCACUGUCACUACCAACAAGCACCUCUUACAGACCUUUUAGCACAAGAUGGAACUGGAACGAAUGGAUAAAACUGCCAAUCAAAUAUCCUGACUUACCACGCAAUGCACAGCUUGCAUUUACUAUCUGGGACAUCUAUGGCCCAAGGAAAGCUGUGCCAGUUGGUGGGACAACUGUGUCUCUAUUUGGAAAAUAUGGUACCCUGCGGCACGGAAUGCAUGAUCUGAGGGUUUGGCCAGGAGUUGAAUCUGAUGGUCACUUACCAACAACAACACCAGGAAAAACAUUAUCAAAUGAAGAUCAGAUGAAUCGACUUGCAAAGCUAAGUAAGAAGCACCACAAAGGUCAAAUGCAGAAAGUGGACUGGUUGGAUCGUCUUACCUUUAGAGAAAUUGAAAUGAUUAAUGAGAAAGAGAAACGAAACUCCAAUUUUAUGUACUUGAUGAUAAAAUUCCCGAGAAUUCAUUUUGAUGGAACAGACUUUAACGUCGUAUAUUUUGAAAAGGAUGCCGACGAUGUGGACUAUGUUUGUACUCAGCCUGAGAUCGUCAAGUUAUCUGAUCCAGAAACGUUACUAGAGAAUUUAGUCGAAAUCAAGCAUCAUAAGUUAGUGAGAAGCAUACGCAGUGGAACUGUCUCAAGGGAUCUGAAACCCAACGCUAAAAUAAGGGACCAGCUUACGCAAAUCGUCAGUUAUCCUCCAACAAAAAAUCUUACAUCCGAGGAGAAGGAUUUGGUUUGGCAGUUUCGAUUUUACCUCACAAACCAAAAGAAGGCCUUGACGAAGUUUCUCAAAUGUGUGGACUGGAGCGAGCCUCAAGAAGCAAAGCAGGCUGUCGAGUUGCUGGCCAAAUGGAACCCAAUGGACGUAGAAGACGCGUUAGAAUUGCUAUCAUCCCAUUUCACUAAUCGAUCUGUCAGGCAGUAUGCCGUGUCAAGACUGAUGGAGGCUAACRAUGAGGAUCUACUGCUUUAUCUUCUUCAAUUAGUUCAAGCAUUACGAUAUGAAAACGUUGAGGACAAGGACGGUAACCUUAUUAACAUAYCAAGCGAUGAUAACCUACUAGAUAAACCUUCUGACGAACAUGGGAGCUCUGCUGAUAAUCUUGAAUCUGGUGAACCCAYGUCCACAACGUCCAAAGAACCCAGUACAGUUGUUAAUGAGAGCCAAGAUCUGCCGUCUUUCUUGAUUUACAGAGGCUGUCGAAGUGACGUGCUAGCGAACUACCUGUACUGGUAUUUGUGGGUUGAGUGCAGCGAAGACAAGGACAAGAAAGAAGGAGACACUUAUCGUAAUGUCAUGAGGAAAUUCAGCCUUGCACUUGCUGAGGGAGGAUGGGAGUUUCAAGUUCGACGCAACAUGUUAGCAAGACAAAAACAGUUCAUUAACUGUCUGGUUUCACUGAUGAAAGAAGUAUCACAGUACAGCGGUAAUAGACACAGGAAGAUCAAUCGGCUGAGAGAACUUCUUGAUACUCCAGAGUUGAGCAGUUUUUCCCCCAUACCACUCCCYUUGGAUCCUGAUGUGAAAAUCAAAGGCAUUGUACUCGGAACACAAGAAGAAAAGAAAGCUUGGCUUUUUAAAAGUCAUUUGAUGCCUGGCAAGUUUACCUUYUUAACCGUAGAUGAGCAGGAAUAUGUUACUCUGUUCAAGAAUGGAGACGAUUUGCGACAAGAUCAACUYAUUUUACAGAUCAUWCGSUUAAUGGAUAGGUUAUUAAUGAAGGAAAAUCUUGACCUAAAACUCAUUCCUUACAAAGUAUUAGCAACCAGCUCUUUACAUGGUCUUGUACAGUUUAUAGAAUCUACAGCAGUAGCAGAAGUAUUAGAUAAAGAUGGUAGUAUACAAAAUUAUUUUCGCAAGCAUGCACCAUCUGAUGGCUCACCAUAUGGUAUUAAUCCUGAUGUCAUGGACACUUAUGUUAAAAGUUGUGCUGGUUACUGUGUUAUCACGUAUCUACUUGGAGUUGGAGAUAGACACUUGGACAAUUUACUACUAACUAAAUCUGGAAAUCUCUUUCACAUUGACUUUGGAUACAUUCUUGGKCGAGACCCUAAGCCACUUCCACCACCUAUGAAGCUUAGCAAAGAAAUGGUGGAAGGUAUGGGAGGUGCUAACAGCGAGUGUUACCAAGCAUUUAGGAAACAGUGUUACACUGCAUUUCUYCAUUUACGACGGCAUGCCAAUCUUAUACUCAACUUGUUUGGUCUCAUGGUUGAUGCUAGUGUACCUGAUAUAGCCUUAGAACCUGACAAAACAGUCAAAAAGGUCCAAGAUAAAUUCCGCCUUGACCUCAAUGAUGAGGAGGCAGUGCAGUAUUUGCAGGGACUGAUUGACGAAAGYGUCAGUGCAAUGUUUGCAGUUGUAGUGGAACAGUUUCAUAAAAUGGCUCAGUACUGGAGGAAAUARCAUCAAAUCACAGAUCCAAAUCUUGGUUCCACRUACACACAUCAAUCCAURCYAUGAAGUUUAGGUGUCACAAACAUUCAAUACAUGAUACAUGUUUUCUGAUAAACUGGUUCCAAAAUAUAUUCAGAUGACCUAUAGCUAUAGCUCUUUGAAAGAAAUAUUUUCUGAGGGGAUUGUAAUACUUGCUAACUAGGUAAUGUGAGAGAAACACAGAGUUUUGAACAAUAGAAUAUUCAGUUUUAGUUGUUUUGUUUCUGGAAUUUGUUUCUACAUACUAGACAGUGCUCUUGCRUUAGCAAAAAGGUUUGAAUUUCAGUUCUUUGGGUAUUACACUUUGUWACUUAGUGAGAAUUGUGCAUUUGGCAUUGGUAUGUACUUUCAUACGCUGUAAAAUAUAAUAUGCCAUAACAAAACCAAAAAUGCAAAUAUACAUGUAAACUGUCAAUACAUAAAGAGGUUUUAUUAAAAAUAAAUAUAUUUGGUACAAAG